ACGGAAUUUCCGUGAUUGCUAGCUGUGCGUACGUGUACGUCAUACUCACAGUUGAUAUGAUCCGUAGAUCACUUGUUAGCUGGUGUUGGUUGCUGGAUGUCAAAUCAUUACGAUUGAGUGCCAAUCCAAGGCACUCGACCUGAACUAUUCAGUACCGGUGGUGAGAGGCAAAGAUCAGGAGCUGUGUCAUUUUAUCUACUCCAAUUUGAAGGACAUUCAAGUUCUAAUCAGGAACAAAACUUCAGAAAUAUCCAAUCGAAAAGGAUCAUUCACUGGCAAACUUGGUGGAGGAAGCAGGGAGUCGUACAGGAAGGAAGCCGUAUAGUUGUAUUUUGUGGGGGUUCCUUCCCUCCUGUUUUGGUCACAUAAAAGUGCUGUUCAGUUCGUCAGUGCUUCAGCCUCAGUAGCCUAUAAUGAGGAAAGCAGACAGGCUGGUCUGAAGAAUUUAUCACAACUAAUGAUUUGCCUUGCACGAUUGAAACUAAAAAAUAUUUGAAAUCGACUUCUAGCAUUAUGAGAUUCCUGAUAUAGAAGUCAUACUGCAUCUUCAUUAAAGCAUUUGUUGUUAAAUUGAAAUGCUGCCUGGAAAGUGAUUGAGCAAGAAGUAAAAAGGCUGUUGAGAUAUUUUGUAAAGAGACAUCAAGCCCUCACAUCAGUCGGAGGAACUCUAACGCAGUAUAGUUUAAGCAAAUCCUGGACAAUUGAUUUUCUCGUCAUGGAGAUGGAAAUGGAGCCAGGAGUUCUGCUCAUUACAGCUAAUGUGGGCUCAAUAUUUGAAGAGCCUGUACACAUGAUGUCAGUCUGGUUAGACAAAAUAUAUGAGACAAUAAAAAGAUUGGAGCCCAAGUUUAUUGCCCUUCAUUGCCAAGAACUCGGAGGAAAGAACUAUGAAUCCAGCAUGCAACAUGUUGAUAAUUUUCUGCAGAAACUUUACGACAGUGAAGCGUUCCAAGAUUUUGAUCGAUCAAGCAUCUUUCUUGACAAGGAAUUCAAGACCCCAGAGUGUUUUACAGUAAGUUUGUCGUGUUUUUAUUCUAAAAAUUGUUCUUUUUUUAUUUAUUUUAUAGGCCUAUCAUUUUUAUGCCUAUGCCCACCAUAUGCAUUAGGCAGUUUUUAUUUCAUUCACAAGUCACUCAAAGAUGCACAGUGCUAUGAUUAUAAAGAUUGUAAGUACCGAGAUCUUUCUGGUCACGAGAUAUACUCCAGCAACCUUGCCAAAGUCACAACUCAAGAGAAGCUCAAAUUCCCCUCUCAUUUCUUUCCAGAGUGCAAGUGGUCAAGAAAAGGUUUCAUGAGAACGAGAUGGAGCAUUAAUGGAAGGCAAUUUGAACUGGUCAACGUGCACCUGUUCCAUGAUGCAAACAACGUCAUCGCCGUGGAAACGCAAUUCCCAUCACAAUACAGUAAAACAAGGAGAAAAGCAUUAGAAUUUGUUAUUCAGAGGCUUUCACAAGAGAAGCACAGUAGAGUACCAUUCUUCAUCUUUGGAGAUUUCAACUUCAGGUUAGAUGCCCAGGGUGUAGUCAAGGCUCUGGUCUUACAAGCGAAGCCAAAAUAUACCAAGAAGGAUGGUGCCAUCACGAGAAUAGAAUAUUCAGAUGAAGAUAAUGCUCAGGUCUUGUUAACGUUAGAGAAGAAGAAGUUUGAAAUGGAUGAUCCAGAUAAGAUAUUGUCAUAUGGAAUUCAGUGGUUGUCAAGGUUUGACAAGGAAUUUAGCAGCUUCUCUAAACAACUCUCAGAAUUUGAUGUCACAUUUAACCCGAGCUAUCCAUACAGUGAAGAUAUAUCAGAUGGCCACAGCUACAUGAAGACAAGACCACCAGCAUGGUGUGACAGAGUCUUCAUGUCACACUCAGCUAAGAGUCUCAUAUCGGAUGCAAAUUCAAGAUCAAGCUACAAUGUAAUUGGUGAAGAUGUGUGCAUGGGAGACCACAAGCCCGUCUUCCUCCACUUCCCCUUGUCAAAGAGCGGUGCUAAUAUAUCAGCACAGUAGAACCAGACAUAAAGCGGCAACGACUCUUGUGAAUGUCAGCACCCGAAACUUUGUGUAAGUGU